AUUAUUUCUUUCAGCGAAAACCCUAGCAGAACCCCAAUCUACACUCCAGGCCAAGAUGUCUUCCAAAAGAGGCGGAGCAUCGCCGGCGGCGGACGCCGGAAUCCUCUCCCGCGUUUCCUCCUCCUUUUCUCAGUCCCCAAUCGUCUACCGUGGCAAGAAAGCGGCUUCCGACACCGCCUUCGUUGCAAAGAAACUCCUCAAGAGCACCGGAAAGGCCGCCUGGAUCGCCGGAACCACCUUCCUCAUCCUUGUCGUCCCUCUGAUUAUAGAAAUGGACCGCGAGCAGCAGCUCAACGAGCUUGAGAUGCAGCAGGCUAGCCUGCUUGGCGGCACCCCUGCCCCCAAGUAAUUUUUCCUCUUAAUUAAAUCCGCCAUCGUCGGUCAAUUCUAGAUUGAUUUGAGGAACAGUCUGUUGCCUUUCCCUUUCAAUACAUUUAUAUUGUUACGAGUUUGAGCUAUUGGUACCCUCUUGGCCGAAUUGCUGAAGCGAAACUUUAGUAGAAUUCAAUUUGAAUGUUUUGAUUGUUCUAGCGUCGGAAAUUUGGUUCUAUGUGCUCUCUGAUCGUUUUCUUCUCGCGCGAUUCUGAAGUAGCGCGGGAAAUGUUUCUUUAAAUUUCUUUGAUGUAUUACCCUUCUGAAGAUUUGAUAAUAAAGGUUAAUAUCUGAUCAGCCUGCCAUUAGAUUGCUACACAUUGCUCCCUUUAGCUUUCUCCAUGGCUGUUUGAUGGUACACAGAUUAUUGAAAUAAUGUUUUGGUUUAGUUAUGCUAGUUUAUAUACGAACUAUCUUUUGUUUCCCUCUUAA